UGCUCUACCGCAGCACCUUUGCUCUUUCCACUCAACCAAGCACACAUCGCCAUCAUGUCGCUUGUCAGAGCAGGAAGACUCGCCUGUGUCCGUGCCGGCCGGUUCGUCGCACCUGUCAAUGCGCGCUUUGUGUCCACAGGGACCGGUCGCGGCGACCCUUCCCGCACAUCCAGCACUUCUGAUGCCCCGGCUACUCCUCACCAGGAGAGCACCAUGAUCCGGAAGGAGAGCCCUUCCGAGGCCAUGGCUCGCCAUCAGCCCGACUACGAUGCCACCAUUGAUCACGCCACCUCGCAAUUCUCCCCUGUGCCCAAGCGCGUCAUGGAUGGCAGUGAGCCCGGUGCCACUGUUGCCGCCGCUGUCCUUUCCGGUGCUCCCACCGAUCUGCAGGCCCGUACUGUCCGGAUCUACCGCCAAGCGAAGCCCGCCACACAGUCCGGAACCUGGCGCGCCCACCACUGGAGAAUGGAUUGGGAUAUUCUGCAAAGGGGACAUCGCUGGGAGAACCCCCUGAUGGGCUGGCAGUCCUCUGCCGAUUGCAUGCAGGGCACCCACUUGAACUUCAAGACCAAGGAGGAUGCUAUCCUGUUCGCCCAGAAGCAGGGAUACGAAUACUUCGUGCAGGAGCCUAAUGAGCGCCGAUUCGUUCCCAAGGCCUACGCUAACAACUUCGUUCACGAGCCGAAGAAGAUCAAACACAUCAAGACUAAAUGAUUGGGGGUUUCGGUGUAUCAUGUACAUAAGUGCAGGUCGUUCUUCGAGUUCUGGGUUGUGCUAGGUGAUAAAUUAACUUUUCUACAUGCUUUAUUUUGCUACUGGAUCAUCUGUUAAAAUCCCAUAUGAGCUUCUGUCCCAGCUGACAUAUGAGAAAGUGUUGGCGCUAUAUCAGAGGAGUUUGGGGGAGACCUACGAGCGUCACCCCAAUAAAAGAUCGAAAAUAAGCCCUGCUGUAUCACC